AUGUCCGGUUACGAUCAAUACAACCAGGGCGGCUACGGCCAGCAGGGUGGCUAUGGCCAGCAGCAGCAGCAGCAGCAGCCCUACGGCCAGCAGGGUUACCAACAGGGUGGCUCGGACUACUACAACCAAGGCCAACACGGCCAGCAACAGAGUGGCUCGUCUGAUUACUACAACCAGGGCCAGCACGGCCAGCAGCAGCAGCAGCACGGCUAUGGUGACAACUCCCAGUAUGGCCAAGGCCAGGACUACAACCGCCAAGGUGGCUACGAGCAGCAGCAGGGUGCUCCUGGUGAAGCCCAGGAAGGCGAGCGUGGCCUUGCUGGCGCUCUCGCCGGUGGUGCCGCCGGUGGUUUCGCCGGCCACAAGGCCAACCACGGCUUCCUCGGAACGAUUGGUGGAGCCAUCAUGGGCAGCAUUGCCGAGGACGCUAUCAAGAAGCACCGCAACAACAACCGUGACGAGAGCCCCAAUGGCCCCCCCCGGCUACGGUGGUGGCUACCAAGGUGGCCCUCCCCCCCCUCCAACAGCGGUAGCUCCGGUAUGAUGGACCAGCUCGGCGGUUUCUUCAAGAAAUAG